GAGCCCCCUCCCCUCUUCCCUUGUUGUGGCCGAGGUGGGGCGGGGGUCGCGGGAAGGCAGCCCAGGAGGGAUAAGAGGCAGCUGGGCUCCUCUCUCGCCCCCCUCCGUGGCUGGGAGGGAGGGGGACCUCGCGGACCCCGAAUUAGCGCCUGAGCCCCAAAGUUUCUUGCACUGAAAGAGGAAGGAGACGGGAAGCGAAAGCGAAAGAGGGAAACUGAGGCAUUUUCAGACCUGAAUCCACAAAGGCCAGCAAAGAGUAUAAGAAAAAGAGAUUUUUUUUGGCAAAAGUGUUUUUGCACCCUCAGUUUUUCUUCUGAAUGUCCAUUUUUUUAAGGGGAGGGAAGAGUUGAGCUGGAUUCCUUCUUGGGGAGACGCUGAGGCUCCCAUUGGUCCCUCCGCUUUCCUGGGCCCUCCCACGUCCGAAAUUCGAGGAAAACGCCCCCUCCCCCCACUCCAGACCCAUCUAUUCCACCUCUGGGGCUGGGAGCCUCCGUGUCUCUCUCCCCUCUUUGGGGGGGCGCUUGUGGGGCGGCGUCCAUGGGCUCCGCUGGGCUCCCCCUGAUGCUGCUGCUGCUGGUGGGGGCGCUGGACCGGAUCCCCGGAAGCCAAGGGGGGAAGGAGACCCCCGCCCAUUUCCUGGCCCAGUGGAAGUCCGAGUGCCGCUUCCUCAACGGGACGCGGCGGGUGCGAUACCUGUACAGGAACUUCUACGACCGGGAGGAGUAUCUCCGCUUCGACAGCGCCCGCGGGGAGUACGAGGCCGUCACGGCGUUGGGGAAGGCGAUUGCGGAGGCUUGGAACAGGGAUAAGCACGAGCUGCAGUACCGGAAGACCGGAGUGGAUGCCUUCUGCCGACACAACUACGAGGUUUUCCAGAGCGGUUCCGUGAUUGGCCGGAGAGCCAAGCCCACCGUCUCCAUCUCCCCCACCAAGCUGGACCCCGCUUCCCCCCACACCAUCCUCCUCUGCAUCGCGAGGGGCUUCUACCCUGUGGAGAUUGAGGUCCUGUGGCUGAAGAACGGGCGGCCAGAGGAGGAGGGCGUGGCCUUCGGGGAGGAGCUCCAGAAUGGAGACUGGACCUACCAGCUCCAGGUGAUGCUGGAGACCCAGCCCCAGCGAGGGGACGUCUACACCUGCCAGGUGGAGCAUGCCAGCCUGGAAGCCCCAAUCACCGUCCAGUGGGAGCCCCGAUCCUCCAAUUCUGCCAAGAGCAAACUCUGGACGGGGAUCGUGGCAGCCGUGAUCGGGGUGAUCUUCUUUGCCAUGGGGCUCUCCCUCUACCUGAAGAGCAAGAAAGCAAUUCCCAUCCAGCCUCCUGCAGCACUCAUGAAUUAAUUCUGCCAUCCUUCCUGCUUCCUUGUGGGAAAGGAAGGGGCUUUUUUCCAUUAGCUGAUGAAUUUCUGUCUCUUUUUUGCAACCUCUGAAAAAUGGAGGGUCAAGAUUUUAGAUUGGGGGGAGGAGGAGAAUGGCAGCCUGGAGCUUUUCCUGCUGAGACCACUCUGGCUUUCUUGUGAGGGAGAGGUGGAGUCCAUCUAGACUGACCCCAGGGACUCUGGAACUGCCUGUCAGUCCAGACACCCAAAUCUCUCCUGACUUUAAAUCCACAGCAGCUUCAUCUUCAUUACUCUUCGUCCGAAUCCCUUCCCUUCGCUUUGCUAUAAAAGAAUAAACAUUGUAGGAAAAAUCCUG